UCUCUCUCUCUCUCUCUCUUUCUCUCUCUAUCUCUAAACCUUCAGGGCAAUCUCGGGUUCCCUUUCUGUGUACAAAAUCUUGUAGUCGUCUAGGGUUAGGGUUUCGAACAGUGAAUCGAGAAUCAAUCUGCCAAUCAUCAUCAUCCAUGGCUUCCUCAAGGAAAGAUUUGGAUCGGAUCAAAGGACCGUGGAGCCCCGAAGAAGACGAUUCGUUGCAGAAGCUUGUCCAGAAGCACGGCCCUAGGAACUGGUCCCUCAUAAGCAAAUCCAUCCCUGGGAGGUCCGGAAAGUCUUGUCGUCUACGGUGGUGUAACCAGCUCUCUCCCCAGGUGGAGCAUAGAGCUUUCACCCCCGAAGAGGAUGAUACGAUCAUCCGGGCGCACGCCAAGUUCGGUAACAAAUGGGCUACAAUCGCCCGUCUCCUCUCUGGUCGCACCGACAACGCGAUCAAAAACCAUUGGAAUUCCACUCUUAAGCGCAAAUGCUCGUCCGUGGUCGAUGACGGCAGCGACGACGCACAAGCACACCAGCCGCUAAAGAGAUCGUCUAGUGCGGGUGCCGCCGUCGCUCCCGUCUCUUCGCUCUACCUCAACAGCCCUAGCAGUCCCUCUGGAUCCGACGUGAGCGACUCCAGUCUCCCCGUGAUGUCUUCUUCUCAUGUGUACCGCCCUGUACCAAGAACGGGAGGAAUCUUACCGCCAUCACAGCAUCACCAGCAGCAGCUCGAAACGUCGUCAUCGACGAAUGAUCCGCCUACCUCUCUCUGUCUCUCCCUCCCUGGAGCGGAUUCUUGCGAUGUUUCUAAUCAUAUUUCUGGGAGUUCCAGCCAUGGUACAACCCCUGCCCAACUACCCACUCCCGUGGCUGUGCCAACAGCAGUUCCGUUGCAGUUUCAGCCACCCCAGCACCAGUAUAAUCAACAUAUACAGUACAACGAUUUCGGAUCGUCAGAGGUGGCCUAUGCAGAGAAACAUUUCAUCCCUUUCAGUUCUGAGUUCCUUUCUGUGAUGCAAGAGAUGAUCAAAAAGGAGGUCAGAAAUUAUUUGGCUGGGGUUGAGCCGAGCGGCCUGUGUCUGCAGGGUGAAGGGAUUAGAAACGCUGUUGUGAAGCGUAUUAGCAUCAGCAAGAUCGACUAGAGAAGAUGGAAAACAAAA